GAUAUCGUACAGAUAUCGAUAUAGUACCAUAUCGAAAAUCCUUUGCUACGAAAGGGGAACUAUCGAUACUUAGCAAGUGACGAACAUUUGAAAGAUGGCGUCUGCAUUAGAAAAUUUGGAAACUCAGUUGGAACUUUUUAUAGAAAACGUAAGACAGAUACGUAUUAUAGUAAGUGAUUUUCAACCACAAGGACAGAACGUGUUGAAUCAAAAGAUUCAAGGUUUAGUUAACGGCUUACAAGAAAUAGAUAAACUUAAGUCUCAGGUUCAAGAUGUUCUGGUGCCGUUGGAAGUAUUCGACUAUAUCGAUCAAGGCAGAAAUCCGCAAUUAUACACAAAGGAUUGCAUAGAAAAAGCAUUAACUAAAAAUGAACAGGUAAAAGGAAAGAUCGACGCUUACAGGAAAUUCAAAGCAAACAUGCUAGUAGAAUUAACAAGGGUUUUUCCACACGAAUUGGCCAAAUACAGAGCGAUACGAGGCGACGAGUGAAUUCUCAUUAAUGUUCUUAUUUUUCUCUAAUCGUUUGUAUAAGAGGUAUUUAUUAAAAGAAAUGUUUGUAUGAAAAGA